CGAGCCAAAGGAAGUUAUAAAGUGACGUCAACCCUGCCCCUCAUUCCUCCCUUGCCGCUCUAUCUGCCUCGAUCAAAACCAUAAACAAAUAAUCCCCCCUUUCCCUCGAACUAUUCUCUCUAACUUUGUAGCCUAAAAGUUCGAAGUUCACUCAUCAUUCGCUCACUGAAAUGGAAAAACCAACCAUCCUCCUCAUCCCCGGCCUCUGGGAAGGCCCCUCAGUCUUCACCUCCAUCAGCACAACCCUCCAAGCCCUAGGCUACCCAACCCUCGUCGCCAAGCUCCCUUCCACGGGGACGACGUCCUCAGACCCCGAUCGCCACACCAUCACCAUGCGCGACGAUGAGCAGGCAAUCCGGUAUAUGGUCAAGCCGCUCGUGAUCGACAAGGGAAAAACCGUGAUAAUGGUAUGCCACAGCGCAGGCGGCUUCCUCGGCUCCGGAGCGAUUCAGGGUCUAGGGAUGAAGAGCAGGAAGAGCAAGGGCGAGAAGGGCGGAGUUGCGAAAAUCGUGUUCUUAGCGGCUGGGUUGGCGUUGGAGGGGUACAUGCAUGGGAAAAAGCCGUUUAUGGAUUUUAUCAAAGCAAAGGGCGAGAUGCACUGCGUUUCCCCCGAGACGACGCUCUUCAGCGACCUGAGUCAUGAGGAGACGGAGAAGUGGAUGAAGGAGCUGAAAUGUCAACCAGGCGAGGGGUGGGAUCAAACGACUGUUUACUGUGGGUGGAGAGAUGUGGAGAGCGUGUAUCUGGUGUGUGAGGGGGACAAGUGCUUCCCGAAGGCGGUGCAGUUGCAGUGUGCAAAGUUGGCAGGGAGUCAGGUUGAAAGGUGUCAGUCCGGGCAUAUGGUUAUGCUUAGUAUGCCGGAGAAGGUGGUUGAGAUUGUUGUGAAGGCAGCAGAAGGGUUUUGAUAUGAAGUGAUGUGUGAUGUGCUGAGUUUUGUGGAGAGGAAAAUAUGGUAUUUCUAUUGCACGGGAGUUUUCUGAUGAAGGGAUAAUCACGUCUACGUCUGAAAUUUGCGAAACAUCUGCAAUGGGUGAAUCAUUGAGCCUAAGGGGGCUGUUACAUAUCCAAUCAAUGUCCCAAAAAUUCCGGUACAUGGAGAGACUUCUUCAUGGUUUAAAGUGAAUAUUUAGGUCCAGGUUUUGUUACGCCAGCUCAAAUCGGAUAUAGGAAAGCUCUCAAACCUUACGGCAUAUCGUGCCAAUGUUCCACAAGCUCAGGUACAUUG